AUGUUAAAGACGCGUGCUUUGGACGCAUUUUUAGGCGAGGUAGUUGGUGGAGGUGUGGCAGGCAUUGUACUCUUCAAUAAAGAUGGAUUAACUGUCUCACGUGCACUUGACAACUCUCGGGGUGGUGGCAAUGUUUAUUCGGCAUUAUUGGCAAAUAUAUGGGAAACAUUUGAACGUCAUGGAGUUCGGGAUGAACUAAAAGAAGUUGUUAUUGGUUGUGAAAAUGGGACAGUUGUUCUAACCAGAGUAGCCUCAAUGCUUUUGGCAGUUUUGGGGACUGAAGAUGCUCCACUUGGUGUACUUUUGGUUAAAUUACAUGCUUUGGUUGACCAGCUAAAGAUUCCGCUUAGUGCCAUUUCAACAUAA